AUGAAUGAACCGGCAAUUGAGCGGGUUGCGGUGCAGCAGCAGGUGUAUUAUUAUCUGCCGCAGAAGGGAUGGCUGCGAGGCGUUGUCGCUACUGUGCUCGAUGGUGAGAAGAAGGCGCAUGUGGUGAAUGCAACAACCGGCAACAAGGAAACGGUUCCACUGUCGCAGAUUCACGGAUACAUGGAUCAGGCCUUUGACCCGAGCGACCCCGACUUGUUUCACCUAAGCGACCUUCAUGUGGCGACAACCCUUUACUGCAUUAAGGAGCGUUUUGUGCAGUUGAAGCAACAGUACUCCCUCAUGGGGGAGAUGCUUAUCAGCGUCAACCCGUUCCGACUCAUGCCGUUCAACAGCGAUGCUCACCGGGAGAAGUACCUUAACUCCGCGCAAAACCACCUUCUGCCGCCGCACAUUUGGCAGGUGGCGCACAGAGCCUACUCGCAGAUUGUUAUACGCGGCUUUGACAAUCAGUCGGUUGUCAUCUCCGGUGAAUCAGGAAGCGGGAAGACGGAGAACACCAAAAUGCUGAUCUACUACCUUGGGGAGCUGAGCCACAUGCACAGCAGCAACGCCAUGCAGAAGAGCGUUGCAGACAAAGUGGCGAAUUGCCUGAAGUGGAGUAACCCACUACUGGAGUCCUUUGGAAAUGCUCGCACGGUGCGUAAUGACAACUCGUCACGAUUCGGCAAGUACAUCAAACUUUAUUUUGAUCCGAGCUCCGGAGUCAUGGUUGGCGGCCAGACUGUGACAUACCUGCUGGAGAAGAGUCGGCUCCUACUACAGUCUGUGGGGGAGCGCAAUUAUCACAUCUUUUACGAAAUGCUUGCGGGGCUUUCGCCGGAGGAGAAGAAGGAGCUCGGUGACCUCAAGUCCGCCCAGGAAUACAAGUGCCUAAGCGGUGGAAACACUUUUGUUCGACGUGGUGUCGAUGGCAAAACCCUGGAUGAUUCGUUGGAGUUUCAAAAUGUGCUUCAUGCCCUCACCGCCCUUGAUGUUGAGGCUGAUGUGCAGAGGAGCAUUUUCAAGGUGUUGGCGAGUAUUCUCCACUUGUUGGAGCUGCGCUUCAAAUCCGACCAAAACGACAUGGCAUGCUUUGAAGACGAAGCACCCUUUCUUACCGCCUGCUCUCUCCUGCAGCUGGACCCCGCCUUACUGCGGGAAUGUUUUCUUGUGAAGAGCCACACGAGUCUCGUGACUAUUUACGCCAACAAGACGGAGGCGGAGGGAUUUUGCGGGGCGUUUUGUAAGGCCAUUUACGUUGGCCUCUUUGACCGCCUUGUGGAUUUUGUGAAUCAAUCCAUUGAUGCGCAUGGCGAAGUUAGCCGCUGCAAGUACAUUGGGCUUCUUGACAUUUUUGGCUUUGAGAAGUUUACACGUAACAGUUUUGAGCAACUAUGCAUCAACUACGCCAACGAAGCCCUACAAAACCACUACAACAAAUACACCUUUCUUAAUGACGAGGCGGAGUGCGAAGCUGAAGGCAUUGAGGUCCCCAAAAUUGUUUUUCCCGACAACUCGGAAUGUGUACAAAUGCUUGACCAAAAAAAGAUUGGCGUAUUCUCCAUGCUUGACGAGGAGUGCCACUUCAAGGGUGGCACGGUGGAGCGCUUCACCCAUAAUCUUUGGGAUCAGUGGGCAAAUAAAAGCAAAUACUUUGUGCUGCCCAAGAGUACAGUACCGAACCAGUUUGGUGUCAAUCACUACGCGGCAUUUGUGAACUAUAACACCGAUGAGUGGCUGGAGAAGAACACGGAUAGAGUGAAGGAAGAGGCGUAUCAGUGCAUCCUCAACUCCGGGGAUCCAUUUAUCCGAACCCUGACGCCGAAGGAUUCCUUGUUAGAUAAGCGCAAGCAGACGGUGGCGCUCCGCUUCCAGGAGCAGUUGGCCGCUCUACGGGAGGAGCUUGAAUCAACCGAGACACAAUUCAUUCGAUGCAUCAAGCCCAAUAUGGAGGCCAGCCCCGACACGCUUGACAACUGUCUUGUCGGCAAUCAGUUGGAGUCGGCAGGUGUGCUGCAGACAAUUGCCUUGAAACGACAGGGAUAUCCCAUGCGUCGUACGAUUGAGCAGUUUUGCCGUUAUUUUUUCCUUAUUAUGCCGCGAUCGGCAAUAAGGCUAUUCAAGCAGAACAAAUUGAAGGCCGCCGCAAAGGACUUCCUCGCCUACUACCAGAAACUUUACGGAUGGCAGAAGCCGCACUACGCGGUUGGACACACAAAGGUCUUUGUCCGUGCGGAGGUUUGGUCCUCGGUUGAACGGCUGUUGUUAAGACGUAAAGCGUGGCUUUUGCGUCGCUGCGUGCCUUUUCUGUUGCGAUGGGUUUACACCAAUCGGGAACAAAAGCGUCUUGCGGAGGAGCGGCGAAAGGAGGAGCUGCGCAAGGCAAAGGAGGAGCGUGAGCGAUUAAUUGCGGAGAUCAACGCGAGAGGUUUCAGUUUGGAGCAAAUGGAGUGGGUGGAGGAGCUUGCCACGCUGUUUUCAAGCGUUGAUGUAUCGACGCUUAUCGACAUUGUUGCGAUUCUGCCGAAACGUGAGGAAUCUCUGGCUACUUUGACGGAGAUGCAGCAGCAGCGUGUUGACGGCUCACUGCCGUCCACGUUUAUGCGUGUCAUGAGCGAGUCGGAGGUGCGGCCGUCGGUGGUGCAGGCCCUUGUGGAGGGCGGCGUUGCUACCAUGGCGGGGCUCUCGCAGUGCGAUCAGGCCCAAAUGAAACAAUUUGGCAUGACGGACGCCGAGGUUGCCGCCGUGACGCGCACGAUACUAAAGGAACAGUCCGCCCGCGUGAAGCUGGAGAGGCUGCAGAGCAGCAUUGGCACAGCGCAGCUGGAAAAAGUUGUCGGUGAGGUGAAGCGCCGUGUUAUGACGCAAUCCGACUUUGCCACGAAGGUGGAGAAACUUGUGCGAAUGGGAUUUCCCCGCAGCCACGCGGAGCUCACGUUGACGCACUACAACGGCGACGUGCAAAAGGCAGCCGAGCGUCUCCUCCAUGGCGGUGUUGAAAAACAUUUGCACGAGGAGCCCCCUCAUGGCAGCAAAGGCAGGUGGACCUCCCUCGACCCGGAGGUGCAGCGGCUUGUCAAGCUCGGCGUGCCAAAAGGUGCCGCGAAGCGAGUACUCCGCCAGACAAGCGGAAAUGUUGACGAGGCCGUCCGACUGGUGUUUCCUCCCGUUUCAUGA